AUGGUAAAGAAAACAAGAACAAAUUGUCAGAUGUCUGCACGCACAGGGAGUGUGGUCGUGUUUGGCUUGUGUCGCAGUCCUAGGGGGCUCUGCUUAGAAGAGCUGCUGCAGCAAGCCUACGAUUCGUCUGCCAGCCACCAGCCAACAAGACAUAAGAGAGGCAACAAAUGCCUCCGACUGGAGCCUCGGAAACAAGGAGGUUUUCAGGAGCGCGCAGGCCCCUGCCGCAGACAGGAGGGCCGGGCAAGUGCAGGCCCCAUCGUGGGGGCGGCUGAAGGAUGGGACGUUCGCUACAGAAGGCGAAGGGUGCCAGGAAGGCGAAUGGGAAAUAAACGUGGGAUGAGAGGGCCCAAGCGAGUAGGGGGCGGUGCGCGGGGAGGGAGGAGAGCUGGGGGCCCGGGGGGGGUGGUGGGUGUCGGGGGUGGAGAUGCAGGAGAUGUGACGCCGCGGCCCGGCCGGUGCCAGAGCGGCGGACGCGGUGCCCGCGGUUGCAGCCGGAUCCGGGCGCCGCGGCGCGGGAGGCGGCUCUCCCGGGAGCGGCGGCGGCGGCGACACCCUGCGCUACAGCCGGCCCCCGGGCGCCGGGCUGCCGCGCGCUAGGGCCGGCGGAGAGGGCGGCGGCCGAGCGGCGCGAGGCUGGGGGCCCGCGGGCGGGGCCGCGCGCUGCCGGGCGGGAGGCUGGGGGGCCGGGGCCGGGGCCGGGGCCCGGAGCGGCUCGGAGGCCGGGGCCGGGGCCGGGGGGCGGCGGCUCCCCGCGCGGCUGCCGCGGCUCGCGGGCCCCGGCGGGGCCCCGGAGGGCCCAUGGCAGCCGGGAGCAUCACCACGCUGCCCGCCCUGCCCGAGGACGGCGGCAGCAGCGCCUUCCCGCCCGGCCACUUCAAGGACCCCAAGCGGCUGUACUGCAAAAACGGAGGCUUCUUCCUGCGCAUCCACCCCGACGGCCGAGUGGACGGGGUCCGGGAGAAGAGCGACCCUCACAUCAAACUACAACUUCAAGCAGAAGAGAGAGGGGUUGUGUCUAUCAAAGGAGUGUGUGCGAACCGUUACCUUGCUAUGAAGGAAGAUGGAAGAUUACUGGCUUCUAAAUGUGUUACAGACGAGUGUUUCUUUUUUGAACGACUGGAAUCUAAUAACUACAAUACGUACCGGUCAAGGAAGUACUCCAGUUGGUAUGUGGCACUGAAACGAACUGGGCAGUAUAAACUUGGAUCCAAAACAGGACCUGGGCAGAAAGCUAUACUUUUUCUUCCAAUGUCUGCUAAGAGCUGAUUUUAAUGGUAGCAUCUAAUCUAAUUUUGUGUGAAAGAGGUAGUAUAUUUUAGAAAUUUGUUAAUCAGAGAAAAAGAAAAUAAAUGUGUACAGCUCAGUUU